AUGUUGUAUGAUGAUUCCACCGUUCUCUUUAGAUCAAUAAAUGCUCUUGUUUCUCUCAAUCUACAUAUCAUGUCUUCACCGGUUGUUGUUCUUGUUCAUCACCACAAGAAUACCAUCUUCUUCGUCUUCUUCUUUCUCUCCUACCUCUUCUUCUCCGUUCAUGGCUUAACCGGAGGUUCAUCUCUAUCUGUAGAAAACACCAACGACAUUUUAGUAUCACCAAAUGGGGUUUUCACAGCCGGUUUUCAUCAAGUCGGAUAUAAUGCUUAUUGCUUCGCUGUGUGGUUCACGGAUCAACCCACGUCAGGGGGUCCCACUGUGGUAUGGAUGGCUAACCGAGAUGCACCUGUAAAUGGAAAAUACUCGAAGCUUUCAUUAUUCAAAGAUGGCAAUCUUGUCUUAAUAGACGCUGGUCAAUCGAUUAUUUGGUCAACCCACACAAAAUCAACAUCUUCUUCGUUUCUAUUGCAACUUCAUGACACAGGUAACCUUGUUCUUUAUGAAGGAGAACAAAUUCGUUGGGAAAGCUUUGAUCAUCCAACAGACACCCUUCUUCCAGAUCAACCUUUAACUAGGAACAAACUACUUGUAUCUUCAAGAAGUGCUACUAAUUACUCCUCUGGUUUCUAUAAGCUCUUUUUCGACCUUGAUAGCAUUCUUCGUAUUCGUUAUGAAGGUCUAGAAUCAACUAGCAUCUACUGGCCUGAUCCCGAAUCUCUAGGUCGGGAAGGUGGAAGAAAUCAGUACAUAAACAAUCAAAGAGCGAGCCUUGAUUCCGAGGGUCGAUUCAACUCAUCAGACGGUUUUGUAUUUUUAUCGUCUGAUUUUGGGAUUGGACCCCAAAGAAUGAUGAGGAUUGACAUCGAUGGUAAUCUAAGAGUUUACAGUCGGAUCAUUGGGCAUCAAAGAAGAAAUAAAUGGCAAGUCCAAUGGCAAGCUGUUUCCCAUUCUUGCAAGGUUCAUGGUAUUUGUGGACCAAAUAGUCUUUGUACUCAUUCACAACAUUCAGGUAGGCGAUGCGCUUGCUUAUUUGGCUACAAGAUGGUGAAUUAUGAAGAUUGGAGUUACGGAUGUGCACCCGACUUCGAGGAGUGUACACCAGAGGAUGAUGGUUUCGUGGUGAUUCAUCAAGCAGAAUUCUAUGGCUACGAUAUUCGGUAUCACCCGAACUACACUGUUAAUGAAUGCAAGAAAGAAUGCUUAGAUGAUUGCAAUUGCAAAGGGUUCCAGUAUUCCUAUGAUUAUGACAGAGCAUGCUUUUAUUGCUACAUGAAGACUUCUUUGUAUAAUGGAUACAUGCAAAUGGGGUUCUACAGUGAUAUGUAUAUCAAAUUACCGAGACAGUUGGCGUCAUAUUUUAAUCCGAAAGUGGGAUUCAGUAAAUCAAACUUCAGUUGCGCAGGCCAGAUGGGGACACCCAUAAUAAGAUUGUACGAGAAAAAACAUGAUAGCAAACUACUUAGCGACGUGGCUGUGUUAGGAUGCGUGAUUGGGUUUAUUGAGAUCAUUGGCAUAAUAAUUUUCUGGUAUAAGAGCAGGAAACACUCGGUUACAAUCAAUCAAAGUUAUUUUCCGGUAGCAACAGCCUUCAGGAAGUUCACAUACAGUGAGCUGAAAAGGGCAUCACUUAAUUUCAGCGAAGAGAUAGGUCGAGGUGGUGCUGGUGUUGUGUAUAAAGGGAUUUUAUCAGAUAACCGAGUUGCAGCAAUCAAGAAGCUCAAGAAUACAAACCACCAUGAUGAAGAUGAAUUUCAAGCUGAGAUCAGCACAAUUGGGAGGUUGAAUCACAUGAAUCUAAUAGAAACAUGGGGUUAUUGUGCUGAAGGAAAGCACAGGCUUAUUGUUUACGAGUACAUGGAGAAUGGAUCGUUGGCUGGAAACUUGCGUCUAGGGAAACUCGAUUGGGAGACACGGUUUAAUAUCGCAAAAGGUACAGCGAAAGGAUUAGCUUAUUUACAUGAAGAGUGCUUGGAGUGGGUUCUACAUUGUGAUGUGAAACCUCAUAACAUACUCUUAGAUGCUAAAUACAAUCCCAAGGUGGCGGAUUUCGGACUUUCAAAGCUAUUCGAUAGAGAUCGAAUUGUGAACUUGAACUUUUCAACAGUCCGAGGGACUCGAGGUUACAUGGCUCCUGAAUGGGUGUUUAAUCUUCCAAUCACUUCAAAAGUUGAUGUAUUUAGCUACGGGGUUGUGAUAUUGGAGAUGAUAACAGGACAGAGUCCAACUGGGAAGAAGCAACAAAGAAUCAAUGAAAGUGGGGAUAAGGAGUAUUCUCUAAUGGAGUGGGUGAGGGAUAGGAUCAAAGAGGUCGAUGGAAGCCAAUCUUGGGUUGAGGAGAUUGUAAAUUCUUCAAUAAGUGGUGAAUAUGAUCGGACCGCCAUGGAAAAUCUAGUCAGAAUUGCAUUGAAAUGUGCCGACGAAGAUAUGAAGGUGCGACCAUCGAUGAAGCAGGUGGUUAAUAUGCUUCUACAUCAAGAGAAUGAUAUAUAG